ACAGUCGCAAUUUGGGCAUGCCUGGUUUUGGUGCGAUGGGCAUGGUUCUAGUUUUCGUUGUCCUUGUGGCGCUAUCUCGCAGCAAAGCAGUAUUUGGUUCUCAAGGCGAAGCACUUAGCAGAUGCAGCUUCCCUCGAGGCUUUGUAUUUGGGACUUCGUCAGCUGCGUACCAGUAUGAAGGAGCAGUGCAAGAAGGCGGACGAGGACCGAGCAUUUGGGACAUUUUCUCUCAUAAUUCGACAAAUAUUUCAGACAGCAGCAAUGGGGAUGUUACAGAAGAUCAAUAUCAUCGCUACAAGAAGGAUGUACUGUUGAUGAAGGAAAUGUUUAUGGAUGCUUAUCGCUUCUCCAUUUCAUGGUCGCGCAUUUAUCCUGAUGGACAAAGCAGCCCAGCGAAUGGCGAGGGUAUUGCAUACUACAACUCGCUUAUUGACAGCCUUUUAGAGCAAGGAAUCCAACCAUAUGUGACUCUGUACCAUUGGGACCUGCCUCAGGCAUUAGAAGACUCGUUAGGCGGCUGGCUUAAUCCUCAGAUUGUAAAAGAGUUCACGAAGUACGCAGAGACAUGCUUCGAUGCCUUCGGAGACCGUGUAAAACAUUGGAUAACGUUCAACGAGCCCCAUUCGUUUGUGAGGGAAGGUUACUGUCUGGGAGUAUCAGCACCUGGACGGUGCUCUGGAUGCAUCGGUGGAAAUUCAGCUACUGAGCCUUACGUAGCAGCGCACAAUGUACUGCUGUCUCAUGCUUCGGCUGCUCAAGUGUACAAAAAGAAGUUCCAGGCUCAGCAGAAAGGAAAAAUUGGCAUCGCGCUAAAUGCUGACUGGUAUGAACCAUUCUCAAACUCCUCUGCGGACAAAGCAGCUGCGAUAAGAGCUACUGACUUCCAACUAGGAUGGUUUCUAAAUCCUAUUGUCUAUGGGAACUAUCCGCCUGUGAUGAGAAGCUAUGUAGGCAGUCGCCUGCCUCAGUUCACAGGGAACGAAGCCCGCUUAUUGAUGAGUUCGCUGGAUUUUCUCGGUUUAAACCACUACACCUCAAACUAUGCGCGGGAUUCGCCAGAAGUUCCACCGAGCAUGACGAACUACGACCUUGAUUCCAGAGUUCGUUCGUUGGGUGAGCACUUCUCGCUUUCAAAAUCAUCCGUUGACGUCUUUUCAUUGACAGUCAGUCGAGACGGGGUGCCAAUCGGUCCCAAGGGUUCCUCGACGUGGCUAUAUGUUGUUCCAUGGGGUUUCAGAAAGCUCCUGAGGUAUAUCAAGGCUCACUACAAAAAUCCAGUCAUUGUCAUCACAGAGAAUGGAAUGGAUCAAGCAAGCGGGCACAACCUUUCGCAGUCCCUUGGAGACAAGACCAGAAUUGAUUACCACCAGGAAUACCUUGCAAACUUGAAUCUGGCCAUUACGAGAGACAGUGUUGACGUCCGCGGCUACUUUGCAUGGUCUUUGUUGGAUACAUGGGAAUGGUCUCAUGGCUUUACAGUCCGAUUUGGGUUAUACUUUGUGGAUUAUACCAAUGGACUCAAGCGGUACCCCAAGAUGUCCGCCCGCUGGUUCAGACGACUGCUCUGCUGGAAUGUAACUUGCUUAGUAACUAUUGUCUGAGAGCUCAGCUCUCGAGCCAAUUUCAAGCUCAUCUUGCUGUUAGUCAAGCUACUUUGGGAACGUUGUCUUGUCCAAUGCAAAAGGAUCGGAACUGUCACUAAGACAUGUAAUUAGUCGUAUUUGAGAGCUUUCAACAUGCAAAAUAGAAAGUCAUUGUUGAA